CUCAGCACAACAACUCAGAUGCAGAUACUGCACAAUCCGGGCUUGGAUGGCUUAUUAAUGAAUGGAGCAGUUCCUGGGCCGCAUCACCGCACAUCUCUGCACACUCUGCUCUGCUGCUCUUUCAUCUGAAACAGGAGAAUGGAGAGGAAAAUCAGCAGCGACAGCAAAGAUGGAGGGAAAGCUGAAGUAAAGGCUGUGAGUGGACAACAAACAAACACAGCGAGCUCUGAUGAGGGCUCGGCUGAGGACAUGGCAGCAGCUUUUAAAGGUACGGACUCUCAUCCUGACCUCCAACUACCGGAUUCAUCAUCCCCAUCAUCACCUUCCUCACCUCUACCUCGGUCAGCCAUGCCACCUUCUGUGUCUGCCUCUGCUCUCCUGGCUUUGGCAUCUCCGGCAACCAGGCGUUCCAUUUCCACGGGAGACUUCCGGAGGGUAACAGGGGCUCUCCUAGCUGGCUCUGAUCCCCCAUCCACUUCUGCAACGGCCCCCUCCUCCAAACUGGUCACCCCCAGCUCCAGCAUGGAAUUUGAGGCAGCUCGACGGCGGCUCCUGGAGGUGGAGGAGCGGCAACGGGUCAUCAGAGAGAUGGAGCGGCGCCUAGAGGAGCUCAGGGAGAUGUUUGUGCGCUCAGAGCAGCAAGUGGUGGUCCAUGGGGAACUGGUGUCACGGAUAACCGGUGCAGCCCAGCAGGGUGAGCUGUACGUGGCAGAGAACACCCAACGUGUGAAGAAAGGCAUGAAGUUUAAGAAACAUCGACCCACUAUUGUCUUUUCCUCCAUGCUUGGACUGCGCACAUGUCUCCCCUGGCCCGUAAAGCUCAAAUAGGACAUCAGAUUCUUGCAUUUCACUCAUGACUUUAGAAACGUGCUUUACAUAAAUAGGGGGGGUUGGACCUCCAUCCUUUAGCUCUCAGUGACAUGGCUGCUCUCCAGUUACAACCUUACUGCUCGAGACUGGUCCUUCAGGGGUUUGAGUGCCUAUCAAUUCACAGAGGCCAGGAAGGAGCUUCCAAUUCAACAUAUUUCUGGGAAUAUUCCCAAGCUAGGAAACCAAGCUGGCACCAGUGCAAUGUAUCCUAGUUGUUCUCACAGAUUCUUUGCUACUUGCAGUUUAUGUUAGUGCUUGCUUUUGAGAGAUUCAUGUCAAAUUCAUGAUGCACGGAUGAGUCAGGUGAUGUGGGAGGAGAGGUUCAGCCUGGUCUGUGUCUUAUUAAGAGUUCCACUGCACUUUUAGCAAGCUUCAGCAGCAGUGAGGAGGCUUAUGUAACUGAACAACCUGCUUCUGCAACUCAUUAAGGGCAAAGUGAAGGGCAGAAAGGUAACAUGAGAAGUCUGUUUGUGUACUGCUGCACUGUUAUAUAAAGCCAAUGCAGAACGAUGGAGAAAUAGAAAAUGUAAUUGUGGGAGAUGAUUGAAAAAUGUGCCUUGGGUGCCUGAGACUGCUCAUCCACUACCGUGGCAGCAUUGAGAAAUGACAGACCGUAGCGGAAGAAAUUCAUGCUGGGACAUUUCCACCUGUGGCCUCUUUUUAUCCAGUCACCUAGCAACCACUCAUCCCUCCAUCCUAAAUCCUCUCCCACAAAAAUGCAAAAUAUAUCCAGCUGAGAGCUCUAACUACAUUACUGUGGUGGGGAUUUAGUAAAACAAAUGAUAAGCAUCAUGGUUCAUUAAUACUAUUACUGCUUCUGGAGGUUAGAUUUAAGUUACUCAUGCAUGCAUCAGCUUGUCUCCAUUUGCUGAUUGUGUCCUAAUGAACAAUAGGAAAACAUUAAGAGCUACAAGUUUGCUUCUUAGAAUGCAAAUGUAUCUUUAAGUGCAGAAAGACCUCACUACUAUGGAAUUAUAGGGGUAAAAGAAGGUUUGACCAAUUUAAUUAAGUGUUGAUUUACAGUAUUUUUGCAGCGUUAUCUGCCAAGCACAAAACAUUCGUCCAACAAAUGAGAUUACUAUAAUUUUAUUUUGUAUUUAUUUUUAUUUCUAUUUAUGUUGUCUUUGGAUUUAUAGUGAUAUUAAGUAACUAAGUGACUUAAAUUGCACACGUAUUACAGGUCCUUCUCAAAAUAUUAGCAUAUUGUGAUAAAGUUAAUUAUUUUCCAUAAUGUCAUGAUGAAAAUUUAACAUUCAUAUAUUUUAGAUUCAUUGCACACUAACUGAAAU